UCCAAUUUCACCUUCAUUCCCAAAACCCUCUCUCUCUCCUCUCUCUCUCUCUCUCUCUCUCUCUCUCUUAUCGUUCUCUCCAUUCUCUACCUUCACUCUCACGUCUAUCGCUUUCAACCCCUCACUGUGUUCGAUUGCGAUUUCUUGAUUUUCUUCUCGUCGGUGCUUCGCGGGUCACCACAAUUGGCGGGAACCGAACCGUCAAGGUUUGUUCAUCGAUCGAUGAUGGCGAACCCAUCUGGGAACCAUCAAGAACAACACGUUCAUGCUCAUGCUUCGUCUGCCUUAACCGGCAAUUCCGUUCCUGAAGCUUCUGCCGUCGCUGUUAACAUCCCCAACAUGAAGCACAACCCUGGCAUCUCGCUCGAUUGGAGCCCUGAAGAGCAAGCAAUUCUUGAAGAUGGACUCUCCAAGCAUGUCACAGAAUCUAACAUAGUGCGCUAUGCAAAGAUAGCCCAACUGUUACAGAAUAAGACAGUCCGAGAUGUAGCACUGCGAGUUAGGUGGAUGAACAAGAAAGAAAAUAGCAAGAGAAGGAAGGAUGAUCAUAAUUUAUCCCGGAAAAGUAAAGAUAAAAAGGAAAGGGUUUCUGAUUCUGCAGCAAAGCCAUCUCACUUUCCUGCUCGGUCCAAUGUCCCCCCAUAUGCUCCUCCAAUGAUUACAAUGGACAAUGAUGAUGGCAUCUCAUAUACAGCAAUUGGAGGUCCGACUAGUGAGCUAUUAGAGCAAAAUGCACAGGCCUUGAACCAAAUCUCGGCAAAUCUUUCUGCUUUCCAGAUACAGGAGAACAUCAAUCUUUUCUGCCAAACUAGAGAUAACAUCUUUAAAAUCAUGAAUGAUUUGUGUGAUACACCAGAGGUGAUGAAGCAAAUGCCACCUCUUCCAGUGAAGGUCAAUGACGAGCUAGCCAAUUCAAUACUUCCAAGAACCCACCACCAUCAUGAUGCUGCUUAGUCACUGCCAAUCAAGUUACCCCAGGAUUUACUUUUGAAAAAAAUAAUGAAUAAUUGUUGAUAACCUUCAAGUUUGAAUUAGUCUUCAUAGUAUUUUUUUUGUUCAAAUGUUGGUUUUGUAACUUUUGUUCAAUUGUGGGCUCUAACAUAGUUGUACUAUAGGAAUUAUUUGGUAUUCUUGGUAUUAAUUGAGUUCAAUUUAGGCAAUCAGAGCAAUAAGUUGUAUAA